AUGCUGCUUUGGUCUCCACAUGCCUACUUCAGCGCCGUUCUGCGAAGGCGAGGGGUCCAGGGUGAACCUGACGCUGCCACACCCAGCUCUGCCCAUACGGAAGUAUUGCAGGACCCUUCAACGGCCCUGUGCUGCUUGCAAUUGCAAAGGCGGUUGCUCUUUUUGUGGCGGGGUUGGACUACAACAGAUGUUGCAUCUCCGUCGAUGGUUCCAAGGUCUUUUGUUUUGCACCACGGAACCCUUAGGAGUCUCCUCCUUGGGGGACGUUUACGCUACAGGCUAAACCAGGAAGAGGAGUUCAGAGCUUCCGGGUGUUCGGUUCCAAGCAGGCUCUCCACGCAGGCUGCAAGUUGA